AUGCCCUCCCGCUCUGCUGCUCCCACGCCUUCGGGACACCGCAGACUAAGCGGGACCAGCAGCGUCUCCUCGCACCAACCAACGCCAGAUCCUUCCCGCAAGCUGACAGAAUCCCUGAGCUCCCUCUCGCUGCAAACAGCCCUAUCAUCCCCUUUCCAGCCAGGUGCCCCAGCAGCAGCAGCAGCAGCAGCAAACACCAAUACCACCAGCAAGCACUCCCCAUCACAGCUGCUCCCCCGUCGGUCCAGCAUGGAUCUCCGUCAUAGUGCAGGGUCAGGCCGCGACUCCACAACCCCAUCAUCACCGUUGCCCGACAGCCACCCCCGCAGAACCCUCUCCAGAGCACCCUCAACCCCCAACAUCCGCAAGAGGCCCUCAAUCACCUCACUCACCUCCGACGCCCCCUCCACCUCCACCCUCACCUCGCCGCUCGUGCCCAGCAGGACCAGCCUCGGCCGGCGCUCCAGCAUGAUGUCGCUGCGGUCGCUCUCGGUUGCCACGCCGGACCCUGCACUGAUCCCCCUGUACCGCAAGGAGGGCAUCCCGGUCCAGGACCUGACGGCGCCAACCACGGUCGUGUUCCACGACACGAGCUACCGCCACAAGUACUCGCGCCCCAACACCACCAAGGCCGACCUGGCCGGCAUCGUGGAGCGGCCGGAGCGCAUCUCGGCCGCGACGCUCGGCGUGACCGCCGCACAGACGCGCAUCGGGCGGGCGAAGCUGUCGCUGCGCAAGAGCGUGCGCAUGGGCGGGCUGCUGGAUCCGGAGGUCAUGCUGGUGCAUGCGCAUGGUGAUGGGAGGAGCGGGAAGAAGACGUGGCCCGAGGAGCUGGCGGCCAUGUGUGGGCUGGCGGCGGAGAAGCUGAAGAGGGGCGAGUGCGAGGUGCCGAAGAACUUUCACCAGGGGGAUUUGUAUCUGUGUGGGGAGAGCAGGGAGGAUAUGGAGGGGUGCUUGGGCGCGCUGUACGAUGGGGUGGAUAUCGUCUUUGGGUGUGCGAAUGGGCUGGAUGGGCAUGAGAUGGAUGAGGAGGAUCAGAGUGGGGUGAAGAGGGCGUUUGUGUGCAUUAGACCCCCAGGCCAUCAUUGUGCUGAGACUCAGCCUUCGGGAUUCUGCUGGUUGAAUAAUGUGCAUAUCGCCAUUGCCCACGCUGCGCGACAGCAUGGUUUGACCCACGCAGUCAUUUUGGAUUUCGAUCUGCAUCACGGCGAUGGCUCGCAGUCUAUUGCGUGGACGCUGAACAACAUCGCCAACUCUGGCAAUGCGUCGACCAAGAAGACAGCCGGAAUUCACGUUCCAAACAUUGGGUAUUUCUCGUUGCACGACAUCAACUCGUACCCCUGCGAAGACGGGGACAUGGAUAAAGUCAAGAACGCCAGUCUGAACCUGGAGGCGCACGGGCAGUUUAUCCACAACAUUCACCUCAAGCCCUAUAAUAGCGUUGAGGAGUUCUGGGAGCUGUACGAGAACAAAUACUACUCUGUGAUCGCCAAGGCGCGGGAGUUCUUGUCGGCAGCAUCGGUCUCCAAGCCGAAGAAGAACGGCAGAGAAUACAAAGCCGGUGUCUUUAUUUCGGCUGGGUUCGAUGCCAGUGAGCACGAGAGUUCGGGCAUGCAGCGACAUGCCGUCAAUGUCCCCACAAGCUUCUACGCAAGAUUCACCUCUGAUGCCUUGGCCCUUGCGGAGCAGUACUGUGAAGGACGAGUGUUGAGUGUUCUUGAAGGUGGUUAUUCAGAUAGAGCACUGAUUACAGGUAUUAUGGCCCAUCUGGCAGGCCUGGCAUGCCCUUCGCCAACAACCGUUAGCGGGUUUGUCCCGCCGUCAACUGGCCUAUUGCCUGUCCCAGAACCAUAUGCUACCAGGCCCUCAUCUGCGGAUCGUGGCUGGGACCCAGAAUGGUGGGGCUCAGAGAAUCUUGGGGAACUGGAGAGAUACUACGAGAAGAUGACUUUCAAGAAGGCUGCCACAGAUAAGCCUUCAACAUCAUACCUGUCAGCCACCACCGCCUCUAUUGCACGGUCCGAGACUCCACGCCGCGUAGUAAGCAGCGCCGGCGCCGGAAACAGCCCUCCGCUACCACCACCAGUCAUUCCGUGGGAAGUCAGGGCUUUUGAACUCAGCAGGAAGAUCAUUCCCGAGUUCCAGGAAUCAGUCGAGAUCCCGCCUAUCGACAAGUCCGCCAAAAACAAGCGUCACUCAGUCGCUGUUGUUCCCGACUCAAGCACUCGUGUUCUCCGUGACCGCAAGGCCAAAACCCCAGAUGCUGCGGCCCCACUCGACGUCCGACGAAGACGGACAACAACAGGCGGGGCAGUCAGCACUGCUUCCAGUCGGGCACCUUCCCGCGCACCCUCCAGAGCCAUGAGCACCCGCGGUACAACCCCUCUGCCCCCAAGAGACUUAGAACCAAUCCCCAUCGCAACCGGGCGUAGAGUCGUCUCAGCGAGCGCCGGUCCCACCGUCGCAGCCCCCAGGACCCUCGCCCGGAAGUCCUCCGUCGUCGGAAACAGCGUAGGCCAGCGCUCACCGCCCGUCCUCCUGCGCAAAGCCUCCCUCACCACCUUCGACGGCACCCGGACCGCCACCACCACCUCCCCAUCCGCCAGCUCCGGCUCCGGCAGCGCCAGCGGCAACCCCUCCCCGCGCGCCGCCGUCGCCCCAAAAAAGGAGGUCAGCGACGAGCUCGUGAAGAAGUUCGCAAAGAUCAAAAUCACCUACAAGAACCGCGAGAAGGAGGAGGAGAUCCUGCGCAUGGAGCGCCAAAAGGAGGAACUCGAGCGCAAGCUCGAAGCCGAGAAGAAGCGCCUCGCGGCCGGCGGCGGCCGCGCAUCCAAGAAGACACCCACCACCACUGCCUCCUCACGCUCGCCGUCGAAUUCGGCGAUGCCAAACGGGGGUGGCGUGGCGCGCGCGCGCUCCGUGUCUGGGGCCGGGUCCGUGAGGGCGCAGGUUAACGGCCUGGACAAGAUCGGCGGGCAGGGGAAUGUCAAUGGCGGUGUGGCUGGCGGGCAUGCGGCGGAGAAGGAAACGAAGAUGGUUACGCCGCCGGUGGGGGGUGCGCAGCCGGCGGAUAGGACGUAUCGCGGUGGGGAUAUCAAGUUUGCGGCGACGGGGCUGGGGCCCGAGCCCGGCCCGCCGGGGUUCAUGGGCAGGACGGGGUAA